CUUUAAACUCACUUACAGAUGGAGAGACCCAACCGCUCGGUUUACAGUCUAGUCAAACCGACGUGACAGCACAACUCAGUCUCCACACUUAAAAGUCGAAGGCAUAUGUUAAAGAGCUUCAGACGUGUAACCAUACAUCUAGUUGAGGUGAUUUGACGCCGUGCACCGUUUUCCAGACAUCUUCCCCCUCGUGCGUGUGUGCGUUCAGUCCUUCGGCUCCAUGACGGGACUCUGUGCGCUCUGCCUGACCGCCCUGCUCGCAGCAUUCGCCCGGCUGGCUGAAAACGUCAGCCCCGUGGUCCGAUGCGAGCCGUGCGACGACGGAGCGCUGGUGCUGUGUAAACCGCUGCCCCGGGACUGCGCCGAGAGCGUACGGGAGCCGGGUUGCGGAUGCUGCAUGACGUGCGCGCUCAGCGAGGGCCAGGCGUGCGGAGUGUACACGGGGCGCUGCGGUACCGGGUUGAGCUGUCAACAGCGACCGGGGGAAAGCAAACCGCUGCAGGCUCUGCUGGAGGGACGGGGCGUGUGCGCGAAAGCACCGGACAAAGGGCCACCUCAGGGACACGAUAACACUGAUGAGGAAGGAGAGGAACAUAUCUCUAACGGAACCAAGGCGACAGAGGCGGUCCAGCACACCACCGGAGACACGCACGGAGGCCUAAGAACCAUACUGGAGCCCAAAAGUUCUCCGCUGCACCCCAGUAAAAUGGUGAUCAUCCAAAAAGAUCAAAGCAAGAAAACCCAGAGCUAUAAAGUGGAACCGGUUUCCAGUGGGGUGCAUACAGAUAUUCACAACUUCAGCCUGGAGUCUAAGAGAGAAACUGAAUAUGGCCCGUGUCGUCGGGAGAUGGAGAGCGUUCUAAAGAGUUUUAAGAUCUCAAAUGUGCUGAACCCAAGAGGCUUCCGCAUUCCAAACUGUGACCAAAAGGGAUUCUACAAGAAAAAACAGUGUCAACCGUCCAAAGGCCGCAGAAGAGGUUACUGCUGGUGCGUCGACAAGUACGGACAGCCUUUACCCGGCUUUGACCGAAAGGAGAAAGGCCAUGUCCACUGCUAUAACCUGGAGAAGAAAUGAGCGAGAGAAAGAUGGAUACUUCCCAUGAAGAACUACAUGAAAACAACGUAAAUUGUUGGGAGGGAGAUUUUUCAAGAUGUCCCAAAGCUGAGUCCACUUGUAUGCUGAGGCACGUGAACAUCAAUCACUUU